UCAUGCUUCUUAUCAAAACAAAUGAAGAACGCUUAGCCAUACGCAUUCGCAUGACGGGCAUCACUUCCACUUGUGUGAAGGCAAAGUUUUGAUUUCUAGCAAGAAAAAAUUCCUUUACUUAUUCAAUUGUGCUAAAGCAAAUUCAAACAAUCAAGACUCACCAUGCCACGUAUUAUGAUUAAAGGUGGUGUGUGGAGAAACACUGAGGAUGAAAUUUUGAAAGCAGCUGUGAUGAAAUAUGGCAAAAAUCAGUGGUCACGUAUUGCUUCUCUCCUCCAUCGAAAGUCAGCUAAACAGUGCAAAGCUCGCUGGUAUGAGUGGUUGGAUCCUAGCAUCAAAAAGACAGAAUGGAGCCGUGAAGAGGAUGAGAAACUUUUGCACUUGGCAAAGCUCAUGCCUACCCAGUGGAGAACAAUUGCUCCUAUUGUCGGCAGAACUGCCGCUCAAUGUCUUGAACGUUAUGAAUACCUUCUUGAUCAGGCUCAAAGAAAAGAAGAUGGUGAGGAACCUGGAGAUGACCCACGUAAACUUCGUCCUGGAGAAAUUGACCCAAAUCCUGAGACUAAGCCAGCUCGCCCAGAUCCCAAAGACAUGGAUGAAGAUGAAUUAGAGAUGCUGUCAGAAGCCAGAGCUAGGUUAGCCAACACUCAGGGUAAAAAAGCUAAGAGAAAAGCUAGAGAGAAGCAAUUGGAAGAAGCUCGAAGACUCGCUGCUUUACAAAAGAGACGUGAGUUGCGAGCUGCCGGCAUGGGCGUUCGUCGUGGAGCACUCUCUCACAACCGCCGUAAGCGCGGGGUCGAUUACAAUGCCGAAAUUCCAUUCGAAAAGCAGCCAGCUAUUGGAUUUCACAACACAGCAGAAGAACAGUUUGAUCCUUUCGCACCGAAUUUCCAUAGACUCCGUCAACAACAACUGGAGGGUGAGCUACGCUCAGUCAAGGAAGAUAGAGAACGUAAGAAGGACAAGGACCGACUCAAGCAGCGGAAAGAGAAUGAAGUGCCAUCGGCUUUGCUACAAGGAGACCAACCGGCUGCGAAACGUUCAAAGCUUGUUCUCCCAGAGCCACAGAUUUCUGAUAGAGAUCUUGAGCAAGUAGUUAAAUUGGGCAGAGCUUCAGAAGCAGCCCAAGAUGCAGCUCGUGAGACAGGCCAAAGAGUCUCUGACACACUUUUGGCCGAUUAUUCCCUAACGCAGAGCGGGGGAUUACGAACACCACGAACUCCAGCUCCCGCAAUGGACAAGAUUUUGCAAGAAGCCCAAAAUCUGAUGGCUCUUACUCAUGUCGAAACUCCAUUGAUGGGUGGAGCUAACGCACCGUUGGUCAAUCCUGAUUUUAGUGGAGCUACUCCAAGCAAAGAGGGAGUCGCAACGCCAAAUACGCUGCUUUCGACACCAUUCCGCACUCCAGGUGGGGCUGCAGGUUCUGCCACCCCUGGCAUGUUGAGCAUCACUUCAGGAGCUACACCACGUACUGGAACUUUACCUGGUGCUACUCCAUUAGUACGAGAUAAACUAAAUAUCAAUCCAGAGGAGCCUACGGAAGUGAUGCAACGAACACUCAAAGAGCAGCUCAAAAGAGGCUUGAGCACACUUCCGGUUCCCAAGAACGAUUAUGAAAUUGUAGUACCAGAGGAAGAAAUGGAUACGGAGUCUGGAACACCCGGUGAAGGGGAAUUGGCCGGAACUUACAUCUCUGUUGAGGAUCAGGCUGACAUUGACGCUCGUAUUGAAGCUGAGCGCAAAAAGCAAAGGGAGGCUGAACUGAAAAGACGGUCCCAAGCGUUGCAACGAAGCCUACCGCGCCCUCACGAAGUUAACAAUGCAAUUUUAAGACCAGCCAAUUCGUCCGACGCUUCCCUUAGUGACCUUCAGAAGGCAGAGGAACUUAUUAAAAAAGAAAUGCUUACGAUGAUGCAUUACGAUUCAAUUCGCAAUCCAGUCAAUCUCUCAACAGAAAAAGGUGGUGGUCUUUCAAGGAAGAUUAUCGAGACUAGCCAAAAUUUUUUAAGCAAUAAUUCCUACCAAGAAUUUGAGGACAAGGAUAUUGAUCAGGCCAAGGAGUUAUUGAAAGUAGAAAUGGAGAAGGUAAAGGCUGGUAUGGGCCAUGGAGAUUUGACAAUGGAAGCGUACACUCAAGUUUGGGACGAGUGUUUAUCACAAGUGUUAUUUGUCCCGUCUCAAAACCGAUACACCAGGGCUUCCUUGGCUUCGAAGAAAGAUCGGUUGGAAAGUUCUUCUCGCCAUUUAGAGACGAAUCGAGCUCAUAUGGCCAGGGAGGCUAAAAAAGCAGCAAAAUUAGAAAAAAAGCUGCGUACACUGACCGCUGGUUACCAGUCUAGAGCCCAGGCUUUGCAUAAGCAAACUCAAGAUUUGAUUGAUCAAGUGGAAGCUGCUCGAAUUGAGUUAGAUACUUAUUCCUUCUUAAAGAAGCACGAAGACGCAAAAGUUGCAGGCUUUUUGAUUAAAGUCAUAAUUGGGCUCAUUGAAAAAGACGCAGCCAUGCUUGAAAAUGAAAAUGCAAACGAAGCUACGCUUAAUCUAGUGUUCCAGCUUCAGAAGUUUACUCCCGAUUCAGUUAAAUAUGAACUUUCCUUGAGUGACGAUCUUGUUCGUCUCUUGGAACUCCAUGUGUCCAUUACUAUUCACCCAAUACUGGAGAAUUUAACGAAAACUCGAAAACUUAUGUCUAGCUUACUUAAAGCGUCAUCAAAUUGCCCGCCUGAAAACCGUUUGAAUCUGAUCCGGCUUUUAGGUUUGCUACUCACGCCCAGCUAUCAGUCAACUAUGGGAGAAGACAACAGUUUAACCUCAACUGAUAUAUUGGCGAUGUUUCUUUCGGCUGUUGACAAAGGCCACGUCGAAUUUAAUAGAACUAUCCUUCUUCAUGGUAUUGUUCACAGUGGCAAAGGAAUUCAUACAGUGCCCAUUUACGAACUUUUGGUCACUCAAGCUAUAGCUGCAAUGGCCAUUGUACCACCAAAUUAUGUUGCGCAAGCUGUUGCAAUUCUUCUUCAAUCAGUUAUCCAACAUGGAUUCUGGGCUCAUCUAAUAUCCUGUGAUAUUCUCAGCUUUAUGGCAAGAUAUGGCUCACCACAGUUUUGUGUGGAACUUGUUCAAAACUUGUUCCUUUUGUGUCCGUCCUCACCAACGCCUUUUUCUCGGCCGAUAUAUCUCGCCAAUCGUUUGAUUCCGUUGCUUUCGGCUUCUGGGCGUGCAAUCAUAUUGAAAUCCCAUCCCAUAGAAAAAUACCCAGAUUUGUGGGCCACCAUUAACUGGACUUGUUUCUCCCCAGAACAAAAGACUGAUUUCCAACGAUGCUUACUACCCUCGGUAAAUGGUUCCCAAUUUCUCAAAGCUCAUACUGUUCUCCGACUUCGUUCGAUUUGCAUUUCUGGGAACUGCACCAUCAUUCAAGAACGCAAAGAUUUUUUACCCAAUUUAAUUAAGUUAGGAACGAUUCUACUAAAUGGGCUCAACAGCAAAUCGGCUAAAGAAUAUCACCGACAUACUGAACAUCUUUUGGUAUGUGUCUUGCGUGUUCUUCUUUAUACAGCUCAGCCCAGUCAAAAAGAGUCACAUCUUAAUCUUAUGCAAAUCUUAAAAUUGGCUUUGGAUAGCAAAUUUCUCACACCGGUUCAACUAGAUGCUACUGAUUUUUUAAGUAAAAUUGGCACACCAGGCGUAGCAGCAUCACCACAGCAGAUAGCUUUGUUACGCGUAAUGGCCAAUUUGUUUUGUGAAACCACCGCUAGCCGAUCCUUUCUAGUACAACUUUGCGCACUUCGUGCCUUUGAACUCUUUUUUAAGACCACCCCUCAUUCUCAGCUAGCAUCAUCUUGCAUUCGAGAAGGACAAGAUUUUGUUGUUAAACAAUUCAUUAACCGUAAAACCACCAAACCUCUCAUCGGCGAAGCCAGUCUUCUUUAUAGCUCGCAAUUGAAGUGUCUCACAAAUCCUCCACGUCACGUAAAUUCAUUUCCCAAACUGCCAAUCGAAGCUUAUGCACUACUUGCUGCCGACUCUUUGGAUCACGGGGCUGAACCAUACUCGAAUGGUUCCAUUGCCAAACGGCCUCGGCUAGAUAACACUGAUCAAUUGCCGUUUAUGUUGAACAGCUUGGCUAAAAUUGUUGCCGAUAUAGGACAACUAGGACCCCUCCCAAUGUGGUCUAAAGAAGAGAUUAAAGAACGCAUCAACACGCUGAAUUCUUACAUUUUGUACAAAAGUUCGAUAUCCUUCAAUAAAAUGUCUUUUCAAAGUGACAUUUCGAAACUGAUUUUUCAUCACCUCGUAAAGGAAGGUUACGAAAGUUCUGCUACUAGCUUAAUUCGGGAUUGCCCACACUUAAUAGAACUGAAACGUGUGCAACCACCAUACAAGCUUCCAAGGCUCAUGGGACCUUCGUUGGUGAAUUUAAUUGAAAAUUAUUUUGAAACCAAAGAAAAUAUUGUUGAGCAAUUGGAGCUCCUAGAAUCAGUUGUGUUUAGAGAACAGGAUGAUCUUCUGAACCUUACCAAAACUUUAGUUGAAAAUCUUAAAUUCCAAACUCCAUCAUCAUCCCAAGUUCAAAAAGAAACCUCUGAUGCAAGUGUUAAUACAGAUUUUGUAAGCAAAGAUGGUCUCCAAACUUGUGAUGCAAGUAUCAACACAGAAUCAGCUAGCAUUAGACCAGAAACAUGUGAUGUCAGUGUCAACACAGAAUCGUUAAGUACUCCAAAAACUAGUGAUUCAAGUUGUAAUACAGAGUGUGUUGGUAAUAAACCAGAAACAUGUGAUGCUAGUGUGAAUACAGAAGUUGUCUUCAAUCAAGAAAAGAAUUAUUCAAAUCAUCUUGCAGUUGAUAAUUCCCAAGUUCUUAAAGAAACCCAGAAUACCACCGAAAUACAUGAUGCUAUUGAUAGUCCAGAAGAUGUUUCAAACCAGGUUAUCGCUGAAAAAACACCAGCAACUUUGUCAACCGCUGAAGUUUCUAACCAUGGCUGUGAAGGAAGUGUCAAUACAGCAUGGGUUCUCAACAAUGUUCUUCAAGAAAAUUCACUGCAUUGUUCUGAACAAGUGGAAGUGUCUGCUGAGACCAUUGAUUUUUCCUUGGUCUAUGAUCGCUUGCUGGCAGACAAAGAGUUUCAAGAAAAGAUAGCUGAAAACAUCAACAAAAAGAAAGCUGAAGUUAUUUUACCUAGCAAAGGCAGUUCUAAAAGAGGAAGCUUGGCGUCAUCACAAGAUCUGGAUACUGUUAUAAAAGCUAUUGUUGCAGAAACACAAGCAGAUCCUGCUUUUGAUAAUUUCCUGAAUGACUGUAUAGGUAUUGAUAGUGAAGAUCAAACUUCAGUAGGCACCCCUGAUAGUACAGCUCAAGAUGGAGAGUGUAUUGUAUCACAUUAUGAUGGAAGAAACCAAGAUAAUUGUUUAGUUCCUGAUAAUUUAGGAGCAGCUAUGAUAGUGGAGUCUUCAACCAUGGCACCUUCUAUUUUCACUGUCCAAAACCCUGAUUUAAUAGAAAAUUCAUCUGUGAUCAAUGGGUUGAACAGUGUUGCGAUUUUGACAUCUUCUGGGCAAAUUACGUUGGUUCCAACAAUUAUUUCGGCAAUACCUGCAGAUGCUGAGCCUUCUGUAAGAGAGAAAAGAAAAAAGAAGAUUCCGAUUGUAAGAAGACCCGUAGCCAUUGCCCCAAAACCUAUCUUCACCAUCACUAUUCCCGGUCUGGACAGUAACUAUCAAUUUCCAAAUGCUGCUGGUGUAUCCGAAAUUAUCGAACAGAGGGUGGAAGACCAACAACAGCCUGCUGAUUGCAAUAUUGAAAAUAUAAACGUCGCGUCUAGCCCAGGUCCAUCAACAACAAAACCUAUGAAAGUGAAAUCUCGCCCUUUAGCAAAAAGUAGGCGGAAAAAAGUUUUAAAAACUACCAAGCCAGCGGAAGAACUCAUUACGCCUAGUUUAGCUGCUCUUCUCAAAAUCGCUCAAGAGUUCGGGUCUUCAGCUUCUAAAAAUAUUCCAGAUCAAGAAGCCGUAGGAGAGAAAGAGCCUUUGAAAUCCCCUGAUGUGGUUUUUGAUUCGCCUCUCCGGAAUUCGACCGAUUUCGUCACCACUCCUACUAGUACUCGACGACUAAGUCAUGUUCGCCAGCUUAAUUUUGGAGAAUCACCUGAAUUAUCUAACAAACCAGCUUCCCCGGCAGUUCGUCCGGAACGUUCUGAAAUUCCGUGGGAUCUUGCAUUGAGAAAUGCGGUUGCCGCUCCGCCUCCACCGGACAGUGAAAUUUUUGCUACUCCAAAAGGAAAAGCUAAACGUAGGAGAAGAAGUUCUCCAGCAGCUGUAAUUGAAACAGAGUCCGUGGAAAAAAUUUUUCCUUGCGACCCAGUGGCUAGCACAUCAACAUCCAUUCCUCAACAAACUUCAUUUUCCGACUCUUCAACAACCACAGAGAAAAAUGCUACCGCUGAUGUUGUUUCAGAAGAAACGCCUCGACUGUGCAACAGUUCCGACCCCCAACAUGCUGAUCUCGUCGCUGCUUCCAUCUUACAUGAGAUGGCUAACGCUCCAGUGAUAGAAGCCGAGUCUUUGAAACAGAUAGCUCUGGAAAAUACAAUAAAUGAACGUAUUGCUUCAGAGUCUAAUCUGCCUCAUUUUGGAAUGGAUAUCAUCAAUCGUGAAGAGCAAGUGAUUCAGCAACCGUUACCAGUCCUCGCUACUCCACGAAAAGAAAUAACGGAAAAUGAAGCAGGUCUCAAUUCCUUAAAUAGUGUUGCCCACGCCAUGCUCUGUGAUGGUCAGAGCAAUAGCACCAGCUUUGGGGCAUGGGAUGGCGAGAUUCCACGAACACCCCAAAUUCGGCUGGAUCUUACUAGCUCAAGCAGCCCAUUCCAAGUAUCAUUGACGAAAGGUUUCCGCUUCUUACCAACAGCGGAAUCCCCUAGUCUUCCUGUACCUGCCACUCCGUGCAUCUUCGAAGUUAAUUCUUCUAACAAUUCUAUUGAGACACCGUAUACUGGAUUUUAUCAGUUUCCCUCUGUGUUGAGCACCCCUAGGUUGGAAGCACUCCGUCAAGAGAUUAUGGAGAGUCCUGGUAAAACAUUGAGCACCACCGUGAUCAGCCCUACGCAGGUGGUUCUUGGCCGUCCAACUCCAUACUUUGUGCCUAGUGGUGAGCGGGCUCAAGGGCCUAUGAAUCAAAGUGCUACUCCAGAACACGUCCCUGAAACAGACAAGUUGGAAAGAAGACGGCGACGUAGUUCAACUGAAAUGGAUCCCCUUCAAUUGGAAGAAUCAAAUGAUGCCAGCGAUGCCGCUGCUGCUUUAAUGUGUAAAGCCGCUGAAACUGUUGCCGCCGCGCUUCGGCCCCCUUCUCCGCUUCAAUCUCCCCCUCUGCAUCAACCUCCUACUCCGCAUCAACCUCCUACUCCGCAUCAACCUCCUACUCCGCAUCAGCCUCCUACUCCGCAUCAGCCUUCUAGUCCGCUUCAGCCUCCUUCUCCGCUUCAGCCUCCUACUCCGCUUCAGCCUCCUACUCCAUACAAGACCGAUCAAACACUUGAAAAUGACCUUAUCAAUGAAUGUCAGCGCCUCGAAGAUUAUCCAUGCAUAGAAAGGGCUAAAUUGCGUAACCAACGGUUGGUUGAACUCUUUGGUGAGGAUUCAACAAAUCCUAGCGAAAUUUUAAAAUCUACGCCAUCUGUUUCAGGGAAUGUACCUGUAGUUGCACUGGCUCAGAGUACGCCUAUAAUCGCCGAACAGAAAACAAGAAAACCAAGAAGAACUGCCAACAGUAAAUUGGUUCCUGGAGAUGAUUCAAUAAGCUCUGCCUGUGCUAGGGCACAGGUUUAUUCUUUGAGUCCUCAAGCUAAUCGCCGAAAGUCCCAACGACGCUCAACCAACUCCCAAAUUGCCACGUCAAGAGAAGACGAAAAUUUAAUUCAGGAAUUGUUGGCUUUAUCACGAUUAAACAGUGUAAUUGAUCCCGUAGCAAAGUCUCCAUUAAACAAAAGGAAAAGGAGGUCGGAUUCGACGAACAGGGAAAAGAAUGCUUCGACUAGUGAACUCUCGUCUGAAAAGAGAUCAAAGCGAAAACGAAUUUCUAAUGUGAGUGUUGUGAUGAGUGAAGAGCAGUCUUUAGCCACGAAUGAAGUCGUGCCAAUUUCUACACCGUCCUCCAGUUCACCAAAAGAAGAUAUCGAUGUUGUGUCAUUUGUCGAGUCCGUUUCUGAUAGUCCAACAAAGAACAAGAAAAGCCAGAAAACCUCAAAAGAAAAGGUGAAGUCUUCCACUAAAUUAAAAGCCAAGUCAACCAGUCCAAAUGUGAGGGGCAUGGCAACUCGAAGCACCCCAGUUAAACUAUUCAAAUCCUCGUUACCUCCAUAUGCUCGCAAGUGCGUCAGCUAUCGGCAGUCGGCUGGUGUCAAGAAAAUGCCAACGCCAAGGAAAGUACCGAUGGAUGCUGAUGUCACCGACGAAGAAAGAAGUUUGGUAUCAGAUUCAGCUGAUCUUGUUGAAGUAAUCGACAGCAAUUUACCUGUUAGCACUUCUGUGGUCGAUGACGUUCAACCUAGUAAAAAUGACGAUGGAAAAGGAGAAGACGAUUAUCAUAAAACCCGGUCAACCGAUCAGUUUUCAGAUACACAGAUGGAGACAUCUGUAACUUCUGAAAAUAUCCCUCAACAAUUGAAUGAAGAUCAACCAGAAAUAGUCAUGGAAGUUGAAACGUUAACUGAAAAUGCGCCAAAAGAACCAGAAGUAUUAAUGGAAGUCAUCGGUCAAGACGCACUAACCCAACCAAAUAUCUUCGUUGCGGAUGCACCAGUAGAUUCCACAAGUGUGUUGUUAGAUAAAGCUGUUGAUCAUGGGGAAUCUAGUGAGGAUAUCGUGGUUAGUGCUACUAGUGAAAACAGUUGUUUAGUGCUAGAUACACUACCUGAAGGCUCAACGUUGUCCACCAACAGCUCUGUGCCGAACAGUUGUGCAGAAAACCCGCAUGAACGUAUUUGUAGCUCGGAAACCACAAUGAGUCCUUUAUGCGAACAAAGACUUCCCUUGACAGAAGAACCACCACUUGCUGUGCUUAGUGAAGCCUCUCCAGCAAACUGCGUUGAAGCCUCGUCACCUUACCGGGACCAAAAGUUGAAAUCGACCCAGAAAUUAUCUUCUCCAAACGCGAUUGCAUCCAAAGAAAAAACCAAUCGAGCUUCCAACACGAAACUGAAAAAUUACCUCCGAUUACAAAAUCUAAGCACCACGUCUCCUCAAAUCCAUCCUACGGUGAAUGACUUAUCUGUUUCAGAGGGAAAUUCAGGUACUCAGGUAAAAUCACCUGCUAGUAGUAAUCGUCAGCAAUUCCAACCUCAAACAAAUGUAAUUAUGGACAAGGAGCUUGUAAACAAAAUGAGGAAACAGUUGAGGAUGAGCAAGCAAAUUGAUCUCUACUCUCAAUGAAUAAUUACGGCAUUUUGAUACUAACGGUUAAUACUUUGUUGUACAUUGCUUUUUCACGUCAGAUUUGAAUUAAUAUUUAACAUGGAAUUUUCCCUCUUGUUCGAGUUCAAUAAAGGUUUUACGACAUGAAA